AUGUCGAUUACGUUGCAUGUGUCACUCCUGAGCGGUCACGAGACGUCUCUAUCUGCUGAGCCUGAGACCCGAGUGGAGGAGCUACGGCGGAGGGUUCAGCUGGAGCUGGGUAUUGGCCCCUGUCGCUUAGUCGCAGCGGGGGAGGUGCUUCAGCCUCGGGCCACGUUGAGUGAGCAAAAGCUGACGGAUGCUAUGCAAAUUGUGGCCGUCCUUCGCCAGCCCGAGAUCGUCUCGACACGCCGCUCCACCUCGAUGGCCUUGCUGACCGGGGACGGGUCCGUGCUGACCUGGGGUGAUCCGGAGCGGGGCGGCGACUGCAGCGCCGUCCACGACCAGCUGGUGCAUGUUGAGAGCCUCCACGCCGCCCCCGGCGCCUUCGCUGCCAUCUUGGCAGAUGGGUCACUGGUCACUUGGGGAGAGGAUCUGGCCGACACUAUGCCGGUGAAGCAUCUACUGAGGAAUAUUCGUUCAGUCCAUUCCACGGGCUUUGCUUUUGGGGCCAUUGUAGACGAUGGCUCCGUGGUUUCAUGGGGUCAUGAGCUCUUUGGUGGGCGGGCGCCACCGAAACUCACCAACGUCAGGAAGCUCCUGGGUUCCCUUACGACCUUUGCUGCGCUUCGAAGCGAUGGGUCGGUAGUGGCCUGGGGCGAAGAUGGGCGCCACGAGAUGUGGGAGCAGCUGAGGAACGUGCUUGACAUCCAGGCGACCGAAAGCGCUUUUGCUGCGCUGUCUUCAGGUUCCGUGGUGGCUUGGGGCCAUCCUCUUUAUGGCGGUGUUCUGGACGAACGGCUUCAAGGCCUUCACAAGGUGCAGCAGAUCUACGCCACUGAUGGGGCCUUUGCAGCAGUAACGGAAGAUGGUUCUGUUGUGGCCUGGGGGGAUGCUCUGUCCGGUGGCGACGUCAACGUCCCUGAGCCGGUCCAAGAGCAGCUACACGACGUGCAGAGCAUCGCAGCCUCCGCAGCCGCCUUCGCCGCGCUUCGGGCGGACCACACCGUGGUAACCUGGGGCUGCCCCGAACUUGGUGGCGACAGCUCCGCAGUCAGGGCGCAGCUGAGGGACGUCACGCAGGUUUGCGCCUCAGCCAUGUCUUUCGCUGCCCUGCGCGCGGACGGCUCGGUGGUUGCAUGGGGCAAUGCCGACUUCGGGGGGAGCUGCGCUGCAGUGCAAGGCCAGCUGCACAACGUCCAGCAUCUGGGUGCAUCGGCAAAUGCUUUCGUCGCUCUGGUAGCCGAUGGCUCACUAAUCGCCUGGGGUGACCCCGCGGUCGUCGAGACUGCCCCGGAGACGCGGCUGAGCAACAACCCCUGCACGCUCUACCGGAACCGGACGGCCGGUGCGAUCGAGCGCGUCGUCAUCGUCGGAGGGGGCCCAGCUGGCAUGACGGCAGCCAUCUACGCUGCGCGGUCGAACCUCUGCCCGCUGGUGAUCGCGCCGGCCAUUGGCGGCCAGCUCAUGGCCAAGGGAGCCACAGCCCCAGAGCAAAGCGAAUUUUACUGUUAG